GUGCUUUGACAUAAUAUUGGGAAGUACUCGGCGCUGUCGGAGUUUUGGUUUAUUUCGCGUUUUCUCCUCCGGUUUGAAGUGAUAUUUAAUUAUGGCGGAUAAAAUCAAAUUCGGAUACGAUGAAGAUUACGAACCAAGUGAUUCUGAAGAUGAUUUGGAUGAAGAAGAGAAAGAACUCAUUGCGAACGUGCGGAAAAAGCGCCAAGUUGAUGACCCCAAGAGGGAAGUCUUGCGUUUCGAGGACGAAACCGACUCGGAGGAAGGUGAUCAGGAUGAGGAUGAGGAUCUACUGGCUGCCAGUGAUAUCGAAGAAGGCGAUGAGUACGACGGGAUUCCAGAUGAGAAGGCUUGGGGCAAGAAACGAUCUGCGUAUUAUCACACUGACUUUGUUGAUCAGGAUUACAGCACGUACACCGAAAAGGAAGAAGAGCUCGCUCAGCAGGAAGAAGAGGAAGCCAAAGCAAUUCAACAGCGCCUUGCGAAACAACUAGACGAAGCAGAUUUCUCACUUGAUAUUUAUUCGGAGCCAGUAUCUGAUCAAACAUAUCUAGAUACAAGCAAGACAAAACUCAAAACUGAUUUCACACAACUGUCUGCACGGCAAAAGCAGGAACUUUUCCAGAAAGACUCACCGGAAUUCGCUGGUCUAGUGCAAGAUUUCGAAAAAUAUGCACAAGAAAGUAAGACGAUUCUAAGUCCAAUUCUAAAAUAUGUUCAGGAGAACGGUAUCAAAUUGCCAGCAUUCGAUUUUAUCCAAACGCGGAAUAACUUGAUUUUGACCUAUUGCACAAACAUUGGAUUCUAUUUAGUUCUGAAGGCAAAGAGGCUUUCAGUGAAAAACCAUCCGAUUGUAAAACGAUUGGUGCAACUGAGACAGCUCAUUAUUCAGUUGGAUGACACUUUCCAAAAUGUUGUGAAGCCCCAGUUAGACGAGCUCUUGGAAGCUAUAAAUUCAGGUGAAGAAGUCACAGUUGAAAGUAUGACGCCGCGCAAACCAAUCGAAGUUAAGAAGAAGAAACACUUGGGUAUUCUCAAAUCUGAGUCGCCUAAAACUGCGAUUUCUGCUGACCAGGAAUCCGAAUCAGAUGAUUCAGAUUACGAUUCACAAGAUAUAUCACAACCCAAUGACCAGAUGGAUACAAGCGAUGAAGAAAUGCAGCAGAUUGAGGCGGAGGAGGCUGAAAUGAAUGGCGAGGGAGAGGGCGAAGAAGAUGAUGACGACGAGCGUCGCGGUAUCACAUACCAAAUUGCCAAGAAUAAGGGUCUCACGCCUCACCGCAAGAAGGAGAAUAGAAAUCCACGAGUCAAACAUAGGAAUAAGUUCAGGAAGGCGCUGGUACGCCGUAAGGGUGCUGUGCGAACUGUACGCAAGGAGCUUACUCGGUAUGGAGGUGAAAUGUCUGGUAUCAAAGCGAAUGUCCGGAAAGGUAUCAAGUUCAAAAGCUAAGGCGGCAAUUAAAACAAGGAAUAUAAUGAUUUUCUAUUCAAACUUUUAUAAUAAAGUUUUAUUCCGAACUGAUCGCUUAAAUAAAAUAAUAGUACUCACA